UCAGAUUGUGUCACGUAAACAAUAUUUUUAGUAUUUUUACUCUGCGUAAACAUAAUACGUGAUUGCGAUAAUGUCUAAGAAUUUUGUUGGUUUUUCUGACGACGAUAUUUACAAAAUUACGCGACAAAGCAAUGGAAAAGAUGCCGGAAAAAAUCUUUUACGUCCCCAUCAAAAGCCUGUGCGACUAGGUGAAAGAGUACCCGUCGCCAAGAAAGCUGCUGUUAAGGAGCAUGUGCCGGAAAUUGCUGCCGAUAGUAGUACAGCCACUAGUGUCGACUCUAGUAUCUACCCUAACCACCCAAUACAACAGGCGGUCGCAUUCAAACCAUUGCCGGUUAUGAUGAACGCUCCGGAAGAUGAAUCCAUUUUGAUACUGCCCAAACAACAACAGACAGCAGCUGCUUCUGCUCUGACUAUGCCGAGCGUUCCAUCUACAUCAAACAACCUAAUACUUACUGAGCUACCAGCUCCCUCGCAGAUAAAAGCUACCUCGGAAAAGGUUACCCCUUUUAAAGGGAUGUCUUUGAAAGAUUUUGAGCAGCAAAGAAGACUGAUGCAGGAACAGAAUCUUCAAAAGCGAGAAAUACUUCAGAAAGCAAUCGAUCAAUAUACACAAAAGACUGCAGCCGAAGCAAGCAAACUUCAGGAGAUCAAAGAAGAACUGGGAAGACUUGAUUCGGAGCUGGCCUCCGAUGUGGCAAUAUUGAGGAAACAGAUCGAUGCUGCUAGCUUGCAUUUUUCCAAUGUUGAGAAAAAUUAUCUUAACAUCGAGAAUCUCUUCCUUAAGGCAAAAGUCGAGCUUCAUCAAGCCCACGAACGAAAAGAAAUGCUGACGGAGCACCUUUGUACUAUCAUUUCGCAUAACGAAGAACGCAAAGCUAAGCGACUAUCCGAGCUAAUGGAAAAAGUGGGCCUUUCCAUGAAUGGUGACUUCGAUGAUACACUCAAUACGGAUGAUUCUUCGUCGGUGGUUUCCUCUAGGGUGGAUGUGGCAAAAAAAUGACGCCUCAAAAGCAUCACUACCCACCAUACACCAGCAAUAACGUACUACUUUGAUAUGGAUACAACCGAUAACCAAAAAAACUUAUGCUUAUGAUGGAUCUUGCAAUUGCCGAUAUUUUUAUCUUCCCGCAUUCUUACUCUGACACAAACUAGCUGUUGAUUAAUGUUAUAUUGUGAUUGUAAUUCUUAAAAAUUCUCAAAUAUUUAUUCGCCUCCUACUGCUAUCGUAUAAUUUACUCAUUGUGAUUAGACAUUUGAAUCUAAUUCCUAUUAGACUUCUCAAAACGUUAUACCGAAUAGCAAUCACAAAUUAAUGAUAGAUAAAACAACUUUGAUAUGGUGCUGAAAAGAGUUUCACACUUGUAGUGGCAUCCAGUAGGGAAACUAAGCGAACAAUAAUAGCAAUAACUGAUUAAAAGUAUUGUAAUGCAUUUUUAUACCAUUAAAUUUAU